GUUCGACCAUCAAUCCACAAACACACAGCUGAACAAGGUAGACGAGGAGCGGUGAGUAGUGUUGUCUGGCGAAUUUUUCACAAAAAAUCCGGUUAAAAUAAAUUGAAAUAUCGUUUCGAAUAACUAAAAUCUGUUAGUUUUCACGGAAUUAAAUCGAUUGGCAUAAGUGUCACGGAGAAUUAUUGCGUACGGAGUUGGAAAAACAGUUUUGAAAGUCGGCGUCAUAGUGCAAAGUUGUAGAGGCCAGCGGCCAUAGUUUUUCGUUUUCGUACGUUGUCCGUUUGUAUAGUGUCGCGGGCGCAGUUGUGUAUAGUACGCUCGUCGGGGGAAAAGUCAUUUGCGAAUUUUCGUAGUCAUUUUUGCUUGUUUACUGUUUUGAAUAAUUGAAAGGCGAUCGGGACGAAUUGGCGGACCAGGUGGAGUUUUCAGGGAUCCGAGACUAUUCGCAGGUGUUAAAAUGCUGAUGUCUUAGCAGAAACUAACAGAACUUCAUAACAGUUCUGUCUGAUAUUUUGUCAUUAUUAAACGCCAAAUAUCCCGAUGGUGCCGUAUUUUAUUUAAUUCGAUAAAUAUUAACGAAUACUGUUCUGACCUCUUCUGAUUUGUAUAUUAAAAACCAGAAACCAAAAUGUUCUCAUUUCACAAACCAAGAGUUUACCGAUCAACAGAAGGUUGUUGUAUAUGUCGUGCUAAAUCUAGCAGUUCGCGGUUUACAGACUCCAAAAAAUAUGAAGACGAUUCAGUGAAAUGUUUUAAUCUGGAAAAACCGCGUCAAGGAGAAAUCUGUAAUGCUUGUGUGCUCCUCGUGAAACGAUUUAAACGCUUGCCUGUAGGAAGUAAUCGUCAUUGGGGCCAUGUUGUUGAUGCUCGAAUUGGGCCUGGAAUGAAAUCCAUUUCGAAAUUUAAGAAACUUAAAGAAGAAAAUCAGCAACAAAUAAGACAGAAUUCAGCAGAUAAUAAAAUGGCAAUUGGAAGUAAAAUAUCAUCGGUUUCCGAAAAAUUUUGUAAGAUAUUCCGUAAAAAUAAGAAGAAGCGAUUUGAGGAUAAGAAAGUCGAUGAUAAUUCAUCGGAUGAAAAUUCUUCACCCGACACGCCCGAAUCUCUGAAUAGCGACGAAGAAGGGACUUAUCGUAGUCGACGUCGUCGUUUGUCCGGUAUAAAAAGGAGGAAAAGCACGAAGCCAAUGAAGCUGUUAAAAAGAAAUUUGGAAGCGGUUGGCUUCUUCGACGAGAACGAUUGGGUAUCGAGAUGGGCCUGUUGUGGCGUUAUAUAUGAAAAUGUCAAAAUUGGUGCUCUAAUUAUAGAUUACGAGAAGUGUAAACCGUGUCCAGAACAUAUCGACUUCUUCAAGUCUACUUUUAUCAAACCACCGCAAAAAAAUACAAAUGAUACUUCAUUCGAUAAGACUGAACUGAAAACUCCGUAUGCACACAAUCAUUCGAAUAUUCAACACAAUGCAAUGAGUGUAUAUUCAAACGGAAAUCUGCCUCAGACUGCCGACCCUAUAAGGAUGGGUGUCACUGCAGUUGUCGGCAAGAACCAUUCUGCUCUUAAGAAGCAUCAUCUUUAUUACAAACGACAAGCUGAGAAUAUCGCUCGCAAUGAAUGCUCGUCUACCAAAAAUGAAGAAGAUUCUCAUUAUAACAAAGAAGCAAAACUGUCUAAUUCUCACGUAUCACAACAAAAUGGUCAUGAUAUUAAAAUGGCAUCUAAUUCGAAAUCGAAACAUUCAUUUUUACAUAAAAUCAAAUCAGACGCAAACAAAUUAGUGAAAUCGUCAUUAGAAAAAGUCUCAACAAGUUCAUCUGCAUCGAAAGCCCAGGAGGUGAGUGAAAGUAAAGACACAAAGGCGGUUGUCAUUUCAGCGACACCUGCCCUACCUUCCAAUGUGCCACAGACUGCUGUUGCGACCGUUGAUGCAAAUGGUGCAACAAAAUUCAGCGAUAAUUCUUCAGAUUCCGGUUUCGACGAGAAUUUAGCCGAUUUGAGUCAGUUGGAAAAGGAAAGAAAAAUUUAUAUUCGGCCAAUUGAAUCGCUGUUUAUUGCUUCGACGAUUCCAAUAACCAUCCCGGCACCACCUGGCACGAAGAAACCAUCGAUAAGCAUACAGAAAACGAUUCAUACGCCACAAAAUAUUGCCCUCUUGAACAAUCAAAAUAUUCGUGCAAUAUACAGUGCUCACGCAGAUGGAUCGAUAGCACGUCGCGAUAUAAAACUGCCGCUUAAAACAGACAGUUUAAACCCAGCUUUGUUGUCUCCGGCAAUAUGCAGCACGUCGGCAUCAACGCAUAAUAAUCACAACAAGAAAAUCUUUUACGUUAAAGGAAAACAAAAUAUUGAAGCUUCAAAUAAUUGACGGUGAUAUCUUUUGGUAUCCUUAGAGUAAAUUUUGUAUUAUUUACUAAGCGCCUUCGCGCAAACAGUAUUUAUACAAUUUAAAAUACAAAAAAUAUGAGAAAAAAAAACUUGAAAACCAUUUUAGAAAAAUAUGAAAAAAAAAAGAAUAGGUAAGCAUAAUUUAUAGAUAUAAAAUAAAACACAAAUAUUAUUUAAAUUUUUACGAGAAGAAAACAGUGUUUUAUAAAAUUGUUUUUAUGAAAAUUAUUAUAUUUUUUAUUUAUUCAUAUUUUUUAAACUUAUGUCUAGCAAUUGACACAUUUAUAUGAUAUUAAUCGGUUACGCGAUUCUUCUAAGUAAAGCCAUUUAAGUGUUUCUAGUAGCAAUCUAUAGCAUAAUUAUGGGUGCGCAAAUAGAGUUUACAGGAAGCUUGGCUUCUCCGUAGGUUAGUAUCAUAUACGGUGUCAAGUCAAUACAAAGAAAUACUGAAAGCUAUUGUAAUAAAAAAUAUGAAAUUUCUACAAACUUUUUCUAAAUUUUUCGAAAAUAGAAUUUCAAUUUAUUUCAGUAGUUCGAAAGAAUAAAACACGUUUUCCAUACUUUGUUGUCAAACCAUUCCACCUCGAAAUUUGUUGAUUUUUUCCAAACAUUUGAAAUAUCGAAUCGACUCAGAAUUGAGUGAUUUGAGAGGGAAGGCAGGAGAGGUAUUAGCAUUUUAGUGCCUGAAAUGGCAACAAAACCUUAUUGAAAUAUGCUUCCAUGUAUAAUUUCCGUUUUCCCAGUCAAACAGUCGAAGAUGUCCGAUUGUGUUCGAUAUUUGGUCGGAUAACAUUUCACAUCCAAUGGGAGAUGAUGAAGGCAUCGUCGACUGUUAAAACGAGCAGCCAAAAGAUCAAUUUUAAGUCAUUGGUAAAGACAUCCUCUAUGUUUUCACCACUCAAAGUCAGAACAAUAAGACAAAUGCAUUAGCAAACGUGUUUUAGUGAAAUUUAAAUUAAAUGAAAAGAUAUGAAUUGUUAUUGUAUAGUCAAUAUGUAUUCUAUAUGUAUAUUAUUGAAUCUGUUGCAAUAAUUUUUAUAAUUUAUUUUGUAAGCGGUACUAAAACGCAAAUUUUUUCUUUGUGUAGUAAACGAAACUGCCAUGAAAUUAUUAUGACAGGAUAUCAAUAUCUACAAUAAGGCUGAACCACACACUCUAGAUUGAAUAGGAAACAAUUUUGUAUCUUAAAUGUAAUUUUUGCAGAUUUAUACGUCGUAAAUGAGAGUAGGAAAACCAAUAGUAAUAGUAUUCCGAUGAGCAUAUAUUGUACUCUAUGAUAUUCAGAUAAUUGUAUAGAACGUGAAGAUUGACUUGGUUACGCCAAUGUAAUUUGAAGAUUUAUGGGGAAUUUGGUGCGAGGGACGAACGUGAAAACUCGAAGCCCGCAAAUUAGAUUUCUUCCGACCGGAGGCUUUGUUUUCAAAAUAUGUUUCGAUCUGGUUAGUAGCACUCUUUGAGUCAGGUUCUGUACAAUAUGUGUAACCGAAUCAGUAUUGCUUUUUGAUGGGUAAAUUUCUCCAAAAGGCUAUCUUCUUUGAUGUGCAAUUAUUAUGUUAUAUUUUAGUGCGUUUGCAAAUCGUCGAAUUUGGAUUUUAGUUUAUUCAAACAAUCGUGAUAUAUUUUGUUGGUAAUAUAUUUGGAAAUUAUUAAAUUCAAGGCAAGAAAGAGAAGAAGUUAUCUUAUUUUUGAUAAUGAAACUCGGCCAAUUAUUUUGAGAAGUAAUUGAAAUUUAAUUGAUGCUAAGUGUAAAGUAAAACUGUAAGUAAUGCUAAAAGUAAAGCUAAACCAAAUGCAUUUAGCAUCCCAAUGACUAUCAAUUUGAAGUUGUUGUGCAUGGUGGCGACUUAUCUUUUUAUUCCUUUAUUUUUAUUUGUAGUUGCUUGAGCCCUUCUCUCGUCACAAUUCAUUAUAUUGCUGUCCUUUAAUGGCCAAAAUUGCUGCAUUAUUGAGCAACGAAUUGUUUGUGUAUUUUGAACUAUUACAAAACGUAAUAAUUGCAUUUUUAUAAUCGAAAGCGCCAAUGUCAACAAAUAUUUAACUAAGAAAUAAUAUCUGAAAAUAUUCGAAAUGAAAUUGAAAAUUUUUCUUUCAAAUUUUCCCUUCUGAUUUUCACGUAACUUUUUAUUCAUUGAGAACUCAAAGAAUGUUAUUAUUACCUCCGCUAAACAAUAAUCGUGCAUAUACCACACACAAUUCCCAAUAAAUUUUCACGAUAUCAUGCUCUUGUGCCCUUCAGACUUAAAGCAAUAUUAUAUAAGGCCCCGGUCUCUAUGUAGUCAACAGAAUUGUCAUGUAUGCAUUUAUGAAGUAGGUAAAAUAAUGUUUUCUGGCUAUCAAACCAACACAAUUUUUGAAUAAAUGUUACAAAGUAUCGAAAUGAUGAAAAAAAUUGUACCUAAAUCAUACAUAAGAUAUUGUAGCUUAAAAUGUACAUAUGAAAUGGUACAAUAAAUUGUAUGUUAUUUCCAUUUGAAAGAA